ACUCGGCAAUUUUUUGACAGAUCGUCGGUCAAACAAUUUUCAAUGUAAUUUUUGUGCUAUUUCUAAAGAAAGGGCUUGAUUUCUAUUAAAAUAAGUUAAUUCGUCUUUUGGAAGAUCAAAGCAAAGUAAAAUGGCACCAGUCGAAGAUGUUGAGAUGAAAAGCGUGGAGAGUCCGGCCGCGACAAGCGAUGCUGAGACUAGUGAAGUCAAGAAAGAUGCUGAUGUCCUCACCGUCCAAGACCUAAGGGAACAUGUCAAACAAAUAGACAAAGCGGUAACAUCUAAAGAGCCCAGAUUUGCUAUGCGAGUCCUGCGGUCGCUUCCCAGCACCCGAAGGAAGUUAAACGGUAAUGUUCUUCGUGCUAUUAUUAACCAACUGUACCCAACGGGUGCCGAGAAGGAAACGCUGCUUGGUUUUGUGGAACAGCCCGCCGCCGGUGCUGUAGAGAUCGAGGCACCUCGCUCUAGAAGUGCUAUUAAGACACCAGUACCAGAAGUUGACGUGUAUAUCCACCUGCUGGUGCUGCUGCGUCUACUGGACACCAACAAGCUGCAGGAGGCCACGGAGUGCUCGCAGCUGCUGAUGACCAAGGUCACCGCCCAGAACAGGAGAACACUAGAUUUGAUUGCUGCUAAGUGCUACUUCUACCAUUCAAGAGUAUUUGAGUUGACUAACAAAUUAGACCUCAUAAGACCAUUGUUACAUGGCCGUCUGCGAACAUCUACCUUAAGGAAUGAUUACGAAGGACAGGCAGUGCUUAUUAACUGUCUCCUGAGAAACUAUUUGCAUUACUCAUUGUAUGACCAGGCUGACAAGCUUGUAAGCAAGUCAGUUUAUCCAGAGAGUGCCAGCAAUAAUGAGUGGGCAAGAUUUUUGUAUUACCUCGGAAGAAUAAAGGCUGCUCGUCUGGAGUACAGUGAUGCUCACAAACACCUGGUGCAAGCUCUCAGGAAGGCUCCCCAGACUGCUGCUGUAGGAUUCAGGCAGACGGUGCAGAAGCUUGCCAUUGUUGUAGAGUUACUGCUGGGUGACAUCCCUGAGCGUGCAAUUUUCCGCCAUGCACCACUCAGGAAAUCAUUGGCUCCAUACUUCCAACUUACGCAGGCCGUAAGACUUGGAAAUUUGCAAAGAUUUGGAGAAGUUCUGGAGAACUUUGGACCCCAAUUCCGUAAAGACCAUACAUUCACCCUCAUCCUCCGCUUAAGGCAGAAUGUAAUCAAAACUGCAAUUCGCUCCAUUGGUCUAUCUUACUCCCGCAUUUCCCCUAAGGAUAUAGCAAGAAAGUUGGGGCUAGAUUCUGCUGAAGAUGCCGAGUUCAUUGUAGCGAAGGCUAUUCGUGAUGGAGUUAUUGAGGCUACUCUGGACCCUGAGAGAGGAUACAUGAGUAACAAGGAGAGCUCUGACAUCUACUGUACCCGGGAGCCGCAGCUCGCGUUCCACCAGCGUAUAUCAUUUUGCUUGGACUUGCACAACCAGAGUGUGAAGGCUAUGAGGUACCCGCCCAAGUCAUACGGCAAGGAGCUGGAGAGUGCGGAGGAGCGUCGCGAGAGGGAACAGCAGGACCUGGAGCUCGCCAAGGAAAUGGCUGAGGAGGAUGAUGAUGGUUUCCCUUAAAUACAGCUUUAGUACUCAAUGUUCACUUUUGUAAUAACCCAUUUUAGAAUAUACAAGUGUGAUGUACGAAAACUAAUUUCAAUAUAAUAAAGUCUCUUGAUUAUUAUA